UAACGAUAAGGUCCUUUUAUUCUUUCGUCAUGGGCCACCUCUAUCAGUGUUGAGGCGAAAGACAAAGAGGGAGUUUAAAAGCUCCCUCAGAGGUUCAGCUGUGCUCCCUCCACCCACUCACAUGCAUGCACCUUUAAGGCAAUGGGAGAGGGAGGACGCCGCAGCGGAGAGGAAGGCGAGGGUUUAUCCUACACUUGCGCAAGGCAGGGCAGGUUGUAGGCGCACGGACCAGUGUGCGCAGUUUGUGUGUGCGGGUUUCUGUGGAAGAAAGAUGCAUGUGCUUGUUGCUCCCCGGAUGGAGAGAGGUGGAGAAGAGAACAUGAGUUCCAAACGCAGCUAACGAUCAUCGGUGUGCGCGCUUUUACGCAAAUUGAGCCCAUCCGUUCGUGGAGACGCAGUUCAUUCACAUUUUGUACAGCCGUGAUUUGUUGUUGUUGUUGUUGUUUUUUUAAAUAGGAUUUGUCUUUUUUUUUAUUUUGCGUUUUUUUUUCCUUUCUUUUUUUCUUUUUUGGAGGGGUUAUUCCAUCCUCAGUCAGCAGCCGCGGCGGAACCUCUCACCUGGACCGGAGCGCACGGAGCCGGGCCCCCUCAUGUUCAACGCCAGGCAGGGGUCUGACACGGGGGGACGGCUACGCUGCUGAGGCCCCGCGCGGUCCACCUCCGAAAUUGAAGUCAGGAGACGCAAUACUUGUGGAUACUCUACUGCCUCCCGCUGCACCACAAGACAAUCCGCUGCAGGAAGAAGCUCUAAACCUCCUCCUCUUCAUCUUCUUGCCUGGAUGGUGUGAGAGAGAGGGACCGCACGAGAUUUGCAGUCUAAAAGAGACGCACGCUUAAUUCUUUCAUUGCAAAUGACUUGUUGAACAAAUAAAAGACAUCCAAGGAGGAAAGAGUGCGGGGAGAGAAGCAGAAAAAGCCUAAGCUUGGAUAUUGAAAGGAGCGGGGCAUGUGGAUAUUGGCUCUUAUCUUUUCCCAGUGCAUCUUGAAUGUUUUCUGUGAAGAUCUACGUUCCAGCUUAUAUUUUGUCAAUGCAUCUGUGCAAGAGGUAGUGUUCGCCAGCACCACAGGGACGUCGGUGCCCUGUCCCGCAGCAGGUGUGCCACCAGUCUCACUGCGCUGGUACCUGGCCACUGGUGAGGAGAUCUACGAUGUGCCAGGGAUCCGCCAUGUGCACUCCAAUGGCACCCUUCAGAUCUUCCACAUCCCCCCAUCCAGUUUCAGUAAACUCAUUCACGACAACACCUACUAUUGCACAGCGGAGAACCCCUCAGGGAGAAUCAGGAGCCAAGAUGUCCACAUUAAGGCUGUCCUACGGGAACCGUACACUGUUCGGGUGGAGGACCAGAAAGCCAUGAGAGGCAAUGUGGCCGUCUUCAAGUGCAUUAUCCCCGCCUCAGUGGAGGCCUACAUCUCUGUUGUGUCAUGGGAAAAAGACACAAUGUCAAUUAACGCUGAAAUGUCACGGUUUCUCAUCACAUCAACGGGUGCCCUGUAUAUCCUGGAUGUCCAGAUGGAAGAUGGGCUUUACAACUACAGGUGUAUGACACGCCAUCGAUACACAGGAGAGACCCGACAGAGCAAUAGUGCCCGACUAAUUGUUUCAGAUCCUACCAAUUCAGCACCACAUAUCCUGGACAGCUUUGAACGCCGUGAGGUGAUGGCGUCUCAUCGAGUGGAGCUGCCAUGCAAGGCCUCUGGUCACCCGGCACCCAAGUACCGCUGGCUGAAGGACAACCGCCCCCUAGAGCCCGACACACGAUACCGACAAAGUGUGACAGGGAUGCUCAUAGAGAGAGCCCAACCCAGCGACACAGGAACAUAUGUCUGUGAAGUGUGGAACGGUUAUGGCAGUGCUGAGGUGGUUGGGAGGCUUCUGGUGAAAGAGACCCUGAAAGUUGUAGUAAGCCCACGGAAGGUGAAGGGUAGUGUCGGCAGCCAGGUUUCACUCUCCUGUGGUGUAACUGGCUCUGAUGAGUACCAAUUGUCCUGGUACCGCAACGGUGAGCUCAUUUACCCAAGUAACAGUGUCCGGAUGACUGGCCAAAACAGGGAAAACCUAGUCAUGGCCGGGAUGGCCAAAAGCGAUGGAGGUGCCUACCAGUGCUUUGCCAGACAUGGCAAAAUGUCUGCCCAAGACUUUGUCCAGGUUAUAUUGGAAGAUGGUACACCAAAGAUUCUGGCUUCAUUUAGCGAGAAGGUCUACAACAUCAACGAGUUUGUGUCAUUAUCUUGCACUGUGAAGGGCACACCAGAGCCCAGGGUCACUUGGACGCUAGAUGACGAGCCAGUAAUACGGAACAGCCGCCACCGCAUCUCCUACUACACCAACACUGACGGCCAUGUGGUCAGCCACCUCAACAUUAGCCAAACCCAGGUCCCAGAUGGAGGGGUGUAUCGCUGCAUCUGCAAUAACUCGGCAGGGGCUGUUUCCUACCAGGCGCGAAUAAACGUAAGAGGGCCUGCCAGCAUCAGACCAAUGAAAAACCUCACUGCUAUCGCUGGGCGGGAUAUGUACAUUCACUGCCGAGUCAUCGGCUACCCUUACUAUUCCAUAAAAUGGUACAAGGACUCAAAUUUGCUACCGUACAACCACCGCCAGCGAGCCUUCGAGAAUAAUGGCACCUUGAAGCUAUUUGACGUGCAGAAGGAUGUGGAUGAAGGCGAAUACACGUGCAAUGUGCUCGUGCAGCCUCAGCUCUCCACACACCAGAGUGUCUAUGUGACUGUGAAAGUUCCACCCACCAUCCACCCGUUUGAGUUCCCUCGGUUUUCUAUCGGACAACGAGUCUUCAUCCCCUGUGUGGUUAUGUCCGGUGACCAACCAGUUUUCAUCACCUGGCAGAAGGAUGGGCGGCCAAUUCCGGCAAGCCUUGGCGUAACGAUUGACAACAUAGAUUUCACCAGCUCUCUUCGCAUCUCCAAUCUCACUCUGAUGCACAACGGCAACUACACAUGCAUCGCACGCAACCAGGCUGCGGCCGUGGAGCAUCAGAGUCAGCUCAUUGUCCGAGUUCCUCCUAAAUUUGUGGUUCAACCGAAAGACCAGGAUGGCAUCUAUGGUAAAGCUGUAAUUCUCAACUGCUCGGCUGAAGGCUAUCCCGUUCCCACCAUCCAAUGGGAGUACUCCAAAGGUGCCGGGGUUCCUCAAUUCAAACCCAUUGCUCUCAACUCUGGCUUCCGCAUUGAGGUGCUGGUCAAUGGUUCUUUGCUCAUCAAGCAUGUGCUGGAAGAAGACAGUGGAUUCUACCUUUGUCGGGUCAGCAAUGAUGUUGGGGCUGACGUCAGCAAGUCCAUGUAUCUCAAUGUCAAAAUUCCUGCCAUGAUUACUUCUUACCCCAACACGACACUGGCCACACAAGGUGAAGAGAAGAAAAUGAGCUGCACUGCUCAUGGUGAGAAGCCCAUCAUGGUACGCUGGGACAAAGAGGAACGUAUCAUCAACCCUGAGACCAGUCGCUAUGUGGUUACUGUCAAGGAGGUCGGAGAUGAAGUCAUCUCAACAUUGCAGAUUAUGCCUACAGUAAGGGAAGACUCAGGCUUUUUCUCCUGCCAUGCCAUUAACUCCUUUGGUGAAGACCGAGGCAUCAUACAGCUCACAGUACAAGAGCCUCCUGAUCCGCCCGAGGUGGAAAUCAGAGAAGUGAAGGACAGAACUAUUGCCCUGCGUUGGACUAUGGGUUUUGAUGGCAACAGCCCAAUCACAGGCUUUGAUAUUGAGAGCAAAAACAAAUCAGCCUCCUGGGAUACAGCUCAGAAGACCAAAGAUGUCUCACCUCAGCUCAACCAGGCCACAAUCAUUGACCUGCACCCUUCCUCCACCUACAAUAUCCGCAUGUUUGCCAAGAACCUCAUUGGAAAGAGCGAGGCCAGUAAUGAACUCACUAUUACCACCGAUGAAGCAGCCCCUGAUGGACCACCUCAAGAUGUGCAGCUGGAAGCCCUCUCCUCUCAGAGCAUCAAAGUUUCCUGGAGGGCACCUAAAAAACACCUCCAGAAUGGUGCAAUCAAAGGCUAUCAAGUGGGUUACAGAGAGUACAGCUCAGGAGGAAACUAUCAAUUCAGCGUGAUCAGUGUCGAGACAACGGGGGACAAUGCUGAAAACUUGAUACUGGACAAUCUCAAGAAGUUCACCCAAUAUGGUGUUGUGGUGCAAGCCAGUAACAGUGCAGGCACCGGGCCAUCAUCCACAGAAGUUGCUGCUACCACACUGGAGGAUGUGCCGAGUCGUCCUCCAGAGCACGUCCAAGCCAUAGCUACAUUUCCAGAAGUCAUCUCCCUAUCUUGGCUGACACCUCCUAAAGAUGCUCUUAAUGGCAACCUUCUAGGCUUCAGGGUUAUCUACUGGGCUAAUCUGCCCGAUGGAGAACUUGGAGAGAUCAGGAAUGUAACAACCAGCAACAACCAGCCGUCACUGGAGCUGGACGGUCUAGAGAAGUACACCAACUACAGCAUCCAGGUGUUAGCCUUCACCAGAGCAGGGGAUGGUGUUCGCAGUGAACAGAUUUACAUUCGCACCAAGGAGGACGUGCCUGGUCCUCCUGGCGGUGUAAAAGCAGCAGCUGCAUCCAACUCAGUAGUGUUUGUGUCAUGGCUUCCUCCUCUCAAAGUGAAUGGAAUAAUAAGGAAAUACACAGUUUUCUGCUCCAAUCCACACCCCACGGUCAGCAGUGAGUUCGAGGCAGCCCCAGAUGUGUUCUUCUACCGCAUCCCCAAUCUGAGUAGGAACAGGCAAUACAGCAUCUGGGUGGUGGCCGUCACUGCUGCUGGCCGUGGAAAUGCCAGUGAGAUCAUCACUGUUAAACCCAUGGCUGAAGCUCCUGCUCGCAUUUUGACCUUCAACAGAACUGUCACGACACCCUGGAUGAAAGAUAUUGUGUUGCCUUGUAAGGCAGUGGGGGAUCCUUCUCCAACAAUCAAAUGGUUGAAGGAGAUCAAUGGAACCCCUGCACCUGUUGUGACUGACAGCCGGCGCAGUGUACAUGGGAACGGUAGCCUUGUUAUUCGAACAGUAAAGGCGGAGGAUUCUGGGAACUAUACCUGUGUGGCUAGUAAUAGCUUUGGCUCUGAUAAAAUCAUCCUCAACCUGCAAGUUCAAGUCCCACCUGACCAGCCUCGACUCACAGUGACCAAGACCACCACAACUUCCAUCACACUAUCCUGGAUACCUGGGGACAAUGGUGGCAGCUCUAUAAGAGGCUACAUUUUGCAAUAUUCAGAGGACAACAGUGAACAGUGGGGCAAUUUUGCCAUCAGUCCAAGUGAGCGCUCCUAUCGGUUAGAGAACCUCAAGUGUGGCACCUGGUACAAGUUCACUCUAACGGCCCAGAAUGCCGUUGGACCUGGACGCAUAAGUGAGAUCAUUGAAGCAAAGACCCAUGGGAAAGAACCUCAGUAUUCCAAAGAACAGGAGCUCUUUACCAGCAUCAACGCUACUCGAGUGAAACUCAAUCUGAAUGGCUGGAACAAUGGCGGAUGCCCGAUCACCUCCUUCACGCUGGAGUAUCGGCCCAUGGACUCGCCUUCGUGGACCACAGCACAGCGCACCUCCCUCACCAAGAGUUACAUACUCUACGACUUGCAGGAGGCAACCUGGUACGAGCUGCAGAUGAAAAUCUACAACAGCGCGGGCUACGCUGAGAAGAGGGUCAAGUUCGCGACACUCAGCUAUGAUGGCAGCACAAUUGCUCCCCUGGUAAAGGCACCCAAUGUAAGUGAGGACACCUCUGGAGGUGGCGAAGGUUUAAAAAUGAUGGUGACUAUAUCCUGCGUGCUGGUGGGAAUUUUUGUGAUCUUCAUCGGCUUGCUGGUACUGAGGAGGAGAAGGCGUGAGCAGAGACUGAAGAGACUGCGAGAUGCAAAAAGUUUGGCUGAGAUGCUAAUGAGUAAAAACACGCGUCCAGCAGAGCCAGUCAAUAAACAGCAGCAAACACUUCGAAUGCAUAUCGACAUCCCCAGAGCUCAGCUUCUCAUUGAGGAGAGAGACACCAUGGAGACUGUUGGUAAGCACAUCAUCAACAUAAGAACUGCUAAUAUGGAUUUGUGUUUUCAUAUACAGUAUGGUAUAGCUAGCAACGAAUGUGAUUAUUGCAUCACUGAAUGUUCCUUUUGUUACUGCUCUGCAGAUGACAGGUCCACUGUGUUACUGACUGACAACGACUUUGGAGAAACACAGAAACAGAAGUCAUCUACAGUCACCCACACAGUUCAUUACCAGUCACUCUCUCAGGCGACUGGUCCUCUGGUGGAUGUAUCAGAUGCCAGACCAGGAACCAACCCGACUGCCCGUCGCACAGCCAAAGCUGGCCCCGCAGCUCGCAACCGCUAUGCCAGCCAAUGGACCUUGAACCGCCCACAUCCUCCAGUCUCCUCCCACACGCUAAGCACGGACUGGAGGCUCCCAACGCCAAGAGUUGCGGGUUCUGUUGACAAGGAGAGUGAUAGCUACAGCGUCAGCCCAUCUCAGGAUACCGACCGUGCUCGCAGCAGUAUGGUGUCAACGGAAAGUGCUUCCUCCACUUACGAGGAGCUCGCCAGGGCCUACGAGCACGCGAAAAUGGAGGAGCAGCUGCGCCACGCCAAGUUCACCAUCACCGAAUGCUUCAUCUCCGACACGUCCUCAGAGCAAAUGACCGCCGGCACCAAUGACUACACUGACAGCCUGACCUCCAGCACGCCGUCCGAAUCGGGCAUCUGCCGUUUCACCGCUUCCCCGCCCAAGCCUCAGGAUGUUAGCCGGGUAAUGAACAUGGCCGUGCCCAAGGCCCAUAGACCGGGAGGCGAGUUGGUUCACCUUCCUCCUUACCUGCGCAUGGACUUCCUGUUAAACAGAGGCAUGUCCUGCUCAGGGUCAUCCAGGGGGACAGCGAGCGGGGAGAGAGCGGCCAUGGGCCAAGCUUGUCUGGAGCCCCAGAAAAGCCGUUCACUGAAGCGGCCUUCUCGCAUGGCGCCUCCGACGCCGACAGAAGCCCCUCAAGCGAGCAGGGACCCGCCGGCCCAGUGGCAGCCCGGCUCGGCUGCCACGCUCCCCCACAGAGAGGGUUCUGAGUUGGCCCAAGCCGCCAAGCUCAGCACCUCCCAGGAGUCCCUGCUGGACUCACGAGGACAUCUCAAACAGAGCAGCAAUCCCUACGCAAAAUCCUACACGCUGGUAUAACAGCAGGGGCUCCUGGGCGGGACUAAGAACUUACUCUUACGCUGGACUUAACACUCAAGUGCAGUAAACUGACUCACCACAUAGUUCUGUAUAUAUGUCCGGGCCCUCCAAGGGUGCGGUCGAUUUUACUAAUCUACUUUUAUUUAUUUUAGAACUUCCUUUCAUCUCUUCUUUGUGUUUCUUUUCUUUUUAUCCACUUGAAAAUAAAAUCUGAAAAAAAACACACAAAAAAAGACCUUCACUCAUCAGGAAUGACUGCAGCCAGAUCGCUGCCAAGCUAAAUGAGUAACGGGGAACAUUAUUUACUCUUGAUUAUUGUUCGUUCUUUAUAACUGAUGAGUGAUUAUUAAUUGUUAGUUGACAUCUAUUAAUAAUCAUGAAAAUGGAUUACCAUAGCGAAAAUGUUUUCAUCAUAACUUGGACAUGUUUUUUUGUUUUUCUGGAUUGAAAGAUAAGGAUGAGAAGUCGUUUUUUUUUUUCCUAUGGAACGUCACUGGAUGAAACUUGGAACAUGAGAAUUUGACAACCCGUUCACUUUUCAGCUGCUCUCAAAUUGUUACUUUUUUGGAAGAAAAAAAAAAUCUAUUUCCUAUGGAUGCAUGGGGACUGACAAAUUCAAAGACGAUGAGAAUUACCAUCAUAGCUGGGCAGGCCAGCCGAGCAUUUUGUCACACUUAUGAAAUGAUCCAAUGUGAAGAUUUAUUAUUCUUAUUACUAUAAAUAUAUAUAUAAAAAGAGAAAUCACUUUUAUUUGUGGAUAUUACAGGGAAGAAUUGAUUUGGUUAAUAAAGUCUUUAGUCAUGUUUGCACAUAUCUUGUUUGAAUUAGGAAAUGGCGUCUCUGUCGAUCUCUCUGUCCCAUUCUCCAAUGGUGCAAUAUGAAGAAAAAAAAAAGUCUAUGAAAACUAUUGCUCUAUACUGUACUGUAAUAAUGAAAAAUAACUAUGUUGUGAGUGUACUGGACACAUUCCAGCUAUGUCUUCAGGUAGUUUGCCACUGCUUGUGUGCCAGGGUGGUGAGUGGUGUUAGGCUAGAACAUGGCGGGUUUCCAAAAAUUAAUGGUUCGCACUUCACAGCGCCCCAACUUGAGUGUGUCCAAAUAGAUACCCAUCCCUCUCACUGCACUAGGAAGAGUCCUUGGGGCUCUCACUCUCCUCAGUAGAUCUACUGUUGCUGCAUUGCAGUGAAGCUCCUCUACAGGGAAAUAAAAUGUGAGACAAUCCAGCAGAUUCCCCCAUUCAAAACAAAUAUAUAUGCUUAAGAAAUUGGAGAAAGAUAAUGUAAUAAGAAAAUGCCAUUAUUUUUUUUUUUUGUUUGUUUUCUUUUUGUGGGCUACCCUGGCGUGUAUUGACUUUCUGUUCCUUUUUUUUACUAAAGGGAGAAGAAUAUUAGCCAUUCUUCUGUGAGGUUAUUCUGUCUAUUUCUAUGAUUCCUUUUAUUCCUAACUGUCUGCGUUCUGAUGUUGAGUUUUUAACAACAAAACAAUGUCACAUUUUAUUUUUUAACAUCAGUGUUCACCAUGGUGGCACUGGAAUAAAGAUAAACUAACACAAAAUUCAAAUUUGCUUAAUAAAAUGGCUGUUCCCCAAUGUGUCCUGCACGAGUUUGGCAUGAAUAACCCGGAUAAUAAUGGUGUUGACAGUGAUGCUGUUAUAGUAUGGAGGACCAGGAGUGAAAAAAUUAAAUAAAUACACAAUAAAUUUGUUAACUGACAUGUUAGACUUAGCAGAACACGUCGACGCAGGAAAUUCAGACCCUGAACAAGUGACUUACAAAACACAACGGUUUAGUUUAUGACUACGGUCAGGCCAGCUUCCACAAUGCCAGCCAUGUUGGGAAAGAAGGAGCAAUAAACUCAAACCCCGCCUAGUCCACUCCCACCGAGUUUGAUGAGCUAAUGACGGAUAAAAUUCUUUUAUGCAGUUACAAGGGGAAUGGGAGUGCAAAUAUGAAAGAUAAAAAGUGAAAUAAAUCCUAAAUGAAUAAAUAACGCAAUGAAUAAAACUUGAAAUAAUGUUGAAAUAAUUUUAAAAAAAAAAAAAAAAAAAUUGAAAUAAAUAGAUGAAUAAGCGUAAAUUGAAAUAAAUAAAAAUUGAAAUAAAUAAAUUGAAUUUUUUUUUUUUAAUUGAAAUAAAAAGUUAAAUUAGUAAACAUAAAUUGAAAUAAGGCGGAAAACACUCAGGUGACUUGAAGUUCCACUCUGAGACCCCCAAUUUGGAUCAAUUUCAAAAUUGGCCGAUUUGCACGUGUGAUACAUAAUUGGAAAGCUUAAAAUGUCAAUUUUCUGGAGCAACAAAAUUUUUGAACAGGAGGGCAUUUUAAAAAUAUGCAUGUAUUUUUUAAACAGCAAAACCCUAAUUGGAGGUGAGAGCACGCGAGAGCAGAAUUAAAGACGCCAUGAUUUUAACGAGAUAUUUUUGCCAUAUAGCAUGUAUCAUCGAGUGUCAAGACACAGAUGUGAAUGGCCAAAGCUGGAUUAUUUGGGGAUUUUAUGGGUGAAACAUGGUAAUACUGUAUAACAAGGGUCGCGAUGCAGAAAUCACAGACGUCAAGGAGUAAUCGAGAUUUUCAUUUUCAUAUUAUUUACCCUUUUAAACGUUUUUUUUUUUUUUUUCUAUUUUUCUUUGUUUGGAUCGGUUAUUUAUCAUCUAAUAUAUUGGGGGAAAUGUGACAGUAACGAAAAAAAAUACAAUUAAGUGAUAGUUAUGAGGUAGAUAUAAAGAUUUUAAAAAAUUAGAGUCACCUCUUGGACGUCCUUCAACCCUGACAAACCUCAUUCAGUGCUUCUUCUCUUGCUGCUUACAACAUUUACAUGCGAUCCUGAUUGUUUGCACCAAGCUCCGAACCUUGGGGGACCGAGCCUUCGCUGCUGCUGCUCCCUCACUCUGGAACUCACUCCCAAAACCCAUCAGGAACUCGGACUCAUUACAAAACUUCAAAUCACUCCUAAAAACCCACCUGUUCAAACUAGCUUUUCCCACCUCUUAAUUCUUAAUUCUGUCUUUUGUGUUAUGUUAUGUAAAGCGUCUUUGAGUGUCCAAAAAAGCGCUAUAUAAGUUUGAGGUAUUAUUAUUAUUAUUAUAUCUGUGACUUUUUUACAGACGCCAUUUUUGUCAUUGUGACGUAAUUUGUUUAAAAGUUUAAAAUAUGCGAGUGAAUAAUUUUAUAAAGUCGUUUUUCUUUUUUAAACUAAAUGUUAGACAUCAAUUAAUGAUUCUAAGCUAAAAAUGACAUUUUGAAUAAUAAAUAUAAUUACUUACCUUCUUUUUAUGGCUAGGUUGAAACAACAGCGGUUGCGCGACGUCUGUAAACGGGGGGUUUCAGGGUAAAACGUACAAAUUAAAAAUAGUUCGGGGACUUAAUGCGCCAUGAAUCUGCUAUGGCAGCAUACAGAAAUAUUGUUCUAUCAGACACAACAGUUCUUUUGGCUUAAAAUACAGCAGUUUAUUUUAUAGAGGGGUGCGAGAGCAGAAACUCCUUUUUCAGCCUUGCCUGUGUUUUCCGCCAUAAGUAAAAAAUAAAUCAAUUAAAAUUGAAAUGAAUAAAACUUGAAAUAGAAAACAUUUAAAUAAACGUUGAAAUGAUUAAAUAAAAAAGAAAUUGAGAUUUUAAAAAAAUAAACAUAAAUUGAAAGAAAUAUUAAAAUAGAAAUAAAUGACACAUUUAAAGAUUUAUUUCAUUGUGUAUUUAGUUAUUUACUUUUGAUUGUCCUUCAUAUUAUAGUGGAGGUGAGCAAAGAUUCAUUUUUACUACUAGAGGUGUCUCAGUAUUGAUGUUGUACUUAAAAUGAGAUGAUGUUGUGGAACACUGACACGCCUGCAGGGAGCAAUGGUGUCCUCUACAAUUUAAAUUCCUAAUUUACAAUCACUCAAUUGAAUCUGAAAUGUUGCUUUCAUAAACUAUGCAAUCUAUCUUCCUCUUUACAAUUAACCUUGUGUGUGCACGGCAAGGGAAUAGUUUUAAAACCAUGGGCAUAAUUAUCAUAUUCAUUGUGUACUCUGUAGAGCAGCUUCUAUUAUGUUUUUUUCUCCCCAAUGGCACCCAAACGGAUGGUAGAAAUUUGAAUCAGUGUUGUUUUUGACAGCCCGUUUAAUUCUCUUCUUAAUGUCUUAAUACUUAUGUUAUAUUUUAGUCAUCUCAAAAUGUGUUUGCCUUUGUCUAGCUUUUGUUGAUGAAAACUCAAGAGUAAUUUCGUCGAGUUUUAGUCGGUUUACUAAAAAUGUUUUAGUCUGUAAAAUAAAAGUAAUUAAUUAAUUAUUUAAUUAAAUAAAUGAAGGGUUCCAACUUUUUCGAAUGAACAUUGACCGACGUUGUCUACAAGGGCAACACCAACUUGGAAAUUAUAAACACUCAGUAGGAAAACUACAUUAUUUUCAAUUAAUUAAACCUACUUGAA